UCUCUAUCACACAUCAGACUUUUCCCAGUGGAGCUCGAGAACAGGCUUCAAUGAAAACUGCCUGUUUGCAGCUAUAUGGAGACUGCAGGCACCACAUCACUAUUUCCUCUACCUGACCUGGAGCAGAAACUCCAUCAUCAGGAUAGAACGGUAGCCUUGUUGCCUAGCAAAGGUGGAAUGAUUUAUCUCUCUCUCUAGAUUGGUCCCUUUGCUGCACAAGAGAAUUGUUUUCAGACUUCCAAGGAGAAUGAAGCCAGGCUAGAAAUCGGAGUGGAUGUGCAAAAGCUGCUCUCCCACGGAGGAGAAGGAGUCACAGGGUUUCUCUGCUUUUUGUUCCUGUGCAGGGCAGGACAAUGGUUUUAUCUGCCCCAGUUAUAGCCCUGGGGGCUACCUUAGGGACUGCAACUAGCAUCCUUGCCCUCUGCGGGCUCACCUGCUUCUGCAAAUGCAAGCAACCUGGGAAAGGACUCUCAGAAAAGGACCAAGAGGAGGACACAGAAAAUACUAAGCCCAGUGUGCUUCAGCCAGUCCAGCAAUUCAACGUUAAGAAAACUGCAGAGCCAGUCCAGCCUCGAGCACUCCUGAAGUUUCCCAACAUUUAUGGCCCCAAACCAGUAGUAACUUCACCUGAAAUUGUUAACUACACGCAGUACUCCCUGAAGACAACAGAAGAACCAGCUACUGGAAAAAAUACUAGUUUGGACGAGAACAGGAUGAAGAUACAAGUCAACGAAGAGCUGUUUGUUCUCCCUCAAAACGUUUCAGGUGUAGUAAAGGACGUGUGUGUCACGGAGCACUUGAACCCCGAGAGGGCAGCCAGCUGUAACCAGGCCCCUGAACUGCGCUACUCCCUUGCAUAUGAUCAACAAAAAGCCGAGCUGCAAGUGGCCCUUCUGGAAGCUAUGCAUGGCAGAAUGAGUGGGGACCAAGACACUGGCUGCCAUUGCUACGUACUGGGCACAUUGGUCAGCAAGUCUGGUAUUGCUGAGGCACAGACAGAGCUGAAGAAGAAGGUGCUUCACACCCUCUGGGAGGAGGUCCUGCGAUUCCCAUUAACGGAGGACGAGAUGCCAGAGGGGACACUGACUCUCACCCUGAGAAACUGCGACAAGUUCUCCAGGCACAGCAUUGUGGGGGAACUCAAACUGAGCCUUGCUAAUAUGGAGUCCUUUGGGAUGGCCCAGUGGGAAAGGCUAAAGACUCCAGAGAAGGAGCCGUCUACUGGUCAUGGGGAGGUUCUGCUCUCUAUCAGCUACCUGCCAGCAGCUAACCGCCUCCUAGUGGUGAUUAUUAAGGCUAAAAAUCUCCAUUCCAAGCAGCUGAAAGAUCUACUUGGCAAUGAUGUUUCUGUCAAGGUGACACUGAGGCAUCAGUCCUUGAAGCUGAAGAAGAAGCAGACCAAACGUGCAAAACACAAGAUCAACCCUGUGUGGAAUGAGAUGAUCAUGUUUGAGGUGCCUCAUGAGCUCCUGCGUGCCUCCAGCGUGGAGCUGGAAAUGCUGAGCCAGGAUGGUGCUGGGCAGAGCCACGUGCUCGGCAAGUGCAGCCUGGGCUUGCAUGUCACGGGCACAGAGAGGAACCACUGGGAAGAAAUGCUGAGGAACCCCAGGAGACAGAUAGCCAUGUGGCACCAGCUCCACAUGUAGGCUCAUCAUGAUUACUACCAACCAGAUUUCCACCAGGUCUCUGAGCCUGGGGGAAUAAGCUGCAUUUCACCUUCCACCUUCCCCUCCACAAAGUUGCUCGGCACAGCAUUCUUCUUACACCACCUUCUCUGAUGUUCCUGCCUCAUCCUAGCCCAGGAAACUGUCUGGAAAAUAUAUUUAAAGGACAAUCUCUCACCUAAUCGAGUGGUUCUCUCAAACGAGGGAUUUGGCUGCCUGGAUGAUUUGAAUUCAUUUUGUUAGCCUGCCCAGUGUCAUUUCUGUGAGGUCCCUGUUUCUGUAGAGGAGCAGAGGGGACCAAAGGUAUCAUGGCAAUGUAAGCCCCUCCUUGGCAUCUGGCACUGUCACCCAAGUUCCUUGAUGAGUGCUGGCUCCAUAAUCACAAACACACGACACAUGUUUUACCGCCACUGUUUUUCAUUAUACUUUACAAGACUGUGAGAAAUGAAGAUCACAAAACUAACUUUCACCACAGGCCCAAAGUAUCAGUAUGAGAGAGAGAGUGAAGCCAUCGUGCAGUAGACGGAUACCUAGGAAAGUAAACAAAACUAAGGGAGAGAGUGAGACAGUCAACACUAUCAUCCUGCGUAGCCUUUGAAGCAAACACUGCCAAACAAGAAGUCGAAUACCUUCCUUCACUUUUAUUUCCUGGAGUGUUUGUUACCUUGUAUUUGGGAUUCAAGAAAACUGCUGAAAAUAUUAAUGUUUCAGGAUCCUUUAGCAGAAUACCUAUAUCUUCUGUCUUUCUACAACAUCACCCAGGAACGUCCUAAACAUGAACAAAAAGUUAUUGUUGAUGUUACCUCCAAAAACUUGGACCAAAUCUUUCUGCUUACUGCCAUCUUUUCUGUUUGGCUUUUUCCGAGCUAGAAAGUUUCAAAUACUCGAAUUAUGUUCCAGGCAACAUCUAAGACUACACAAAAGAAGUGGGAUCAUUUCAUACUUUAGCAGUUGAUUGAUGUUUUUGGUUUGACAGUUAACUAUUGCACUCAAAUCCUCAUACCAGCAUUACUCGAAGACAACCCUUAAGAACUGACAUAUAUUUCAUCACUUCCAGACAGAAGGAAUUCACUGACCAGACAGACUCUCCAGGGCUUGGUUUUUUGUGUGCACUUUCAAGAUUUGUUGUGGCUUAAAUGUUACUGUUUACUGUCCUUUUUUUUUGUGUCUAGAUGGACUGAAAAUCUGUCAUUGGCAGUGAUGAUGUUAUUACCCCAUAAGCACACUCCUUGUCCUACCACUUUAUUUCACGUCGUAGACACAGCUUUAAGGGACUUGCAUGGGGACAAGGCAUCCAAAAAUCUAAAACCAGAACCAUGUAGUUUGUAGCACUGAAAAACUCAGAGAACUUCAUUUUUGCAGGGUCAGCUUGAUCUUCUGUUUAAUUCAAAAUAUUAAGCUAGGCUUUAUCUAGUAUCCAUCCCAUUUUGAUGACUUAGUCAAACAAGUCUGGCGUACUGUAAAGUGAAGGCUGCCAUCCUGUUUGCAAAGGGAACCCACCAGAACAAGUAUUUGAAAACUGGAGCAAGCUCCAGGCACAGAGGGCUAUGAACAGGGGAAUGAAAUUCAGCUGGAAGCCAGUCACUAGAGGUGACUGGGGGUUGUAGUGGGACUGACACUGUUUAACAUCUUCAUAAAAGACUUGUACAACGGGAUAGACUGUGCCCUCAGCAAGUUUGCAGAUGAUACAAAACUGGGAGUAGUGGUUGAUACACCGGCCGUUGUGCUGCCAUUCAGAGGGAUGUGGAAAGGCUGGAGAAAUGGGCUAACAGGAAUCUUCUGAAGUGCAAAGUCCUGCACCUGGGGAGGAACAACCCCAUGCAACUUUGCAGGGCUCGGGGCUGACCAUCUGGAAAGCAGCUUUCCAGAAAAGGACCUGGGCGUCCUACUGGACACCAAGUUGAACAUUAGCCAGCAACGUGCUCUUGCAGCAAAGAAGGCCAACAGUGUCUCGGGCUUCAUGAGGAAAAGCAUUGCCAGCAGGUCAAGGGGCGGUGGGCGAUCCUUCCUCUCCACUCAGCACUGGUGAGGGUAUGUCUAGAGUGCUGUGUCUAGUUCUGGGCUCCCCAGUGCAAGAAAGAUAUGGACUUACUGGAGAGAGUGCGGCAAAUGGCUAUGAAGAUGAUUAAGGGACUGCAGCACCUUCUGUAGGAGAAGAGGCGGAGAGGGCUGGAACUGUUCAGCCUGGUCAAGAGAAGGGCCGAGGGGGAACUUGUCCAUAUGUAUAAAUAAAUGAGAGGAGAAAAGAAGAUGGAGCCAGACGCUUGUCAGUGGUGCCCAGUGACAGGACAAGAGGCAAGGGCACAAAUCGCAAUAUGGGAAAUUCCAUUUGAACACAUGAAAAAAACAAACUAAAAACCCCUUUAUUUACUGUAAGGAUGAUCAACCAGUGGAACAAGUUGCCAAGAGAGGUUGUUCAGAGUCUCCAUCCUUGGAGUCACUCAAAAUUUGAUGGGAUACAGCGCUGAACAACCUGCUGUAGUUUACCCUGCUUUGAGCAGGGGGUGGGUUUGGACAAGAUGAUCUCCAGAGGUCCUUUCCAUCCUCAAUAAUGCUGAGAUUCUGUGAAGAGACUGAUAAGAUUGAUGCAUGCUGAAAACUCUGUUAUCUUUAUGCUGCUAUUCCCUUUCUAGAUGGUGUAGCCAGGAGUUACAAGAUCAUUUUGAAGACAGUGAUAAAAACAGCUUUGACCAAACAAACAAAUAAACAGAAAAGCAAAGUAUGCCAAUGAAUCUUACACCCAAUGUUUUAAUCUGUGAUAUUGCUCCACUGACUAGAGGGGAUUUAAACAAAAAGAAAAUUGACUUCUUGUUUUGCUCUGUGGGUUUUUGUUUAUUAACAAAAAGCUGUAGGAUACUGUGAAUAAAAUAGACAUGGGGUUUUAGUUGAUAGUGAAUUCUUAAUAGUUGCUGUGUUCAUGAUUUGCCUGUAGAUUGGGAAUCGUUAUUUCCAUUUAAGUCCAAAAUUCAUUGUGAUGUUGGCCUAUUCUACAUAUAGGUUCCUGGCAGCGCUGUGAUUCUUCCUUCUUUUUAGGAUAGUGAUAAGGAUAACUUCAUGGUAUGAUGCUAUUUGUCUGGCACCGGAAAGCCUGAAGGGCCAAAUAUUUGCCUUGCUGCCAAGAGAUUUCUCUAGUUCUGCCUCCUGAUUAUUUUAAUGAGCCUUUUAUAACAUCUUGGUGACUGAUAGUAAACAGCAUUAUCUGCCUCUGCCCCUGGUGAUUUUGGCACACCCUGUAAUUAGAUUGUAAUCCUAUAGGAUCUAAAGGAAUAGCCCCUCGCAAUCUGAUUUUGCUUUGACAAAAUAAUGUCCUCUUUUACAGCAGACAAAUACGUGUAUACACUCCACUUAACCACAAAUCUGACUUACAAGCAAAGUGGUGCCGUCAGUCUUAAAGCAGGGUGUCGUUCCCUCCUUUGCUGCAAUGGGAUUUAAAUGGAAAAGAGAGUGAAAACGCAUGCAUCUUUCCCGGCUGGAUCAUUUUUGUUGUCUGGCAUUUUAACCUGGAAAGAAUGUUCCUGGCAUUCAGGGCAGGCUGAACAAAGCCUGCCAGGUGUUCAUUUAACGAGGCAGCCGCUCGCCGUGCCGGGGCUGAAAGGGAGCGCAGUUAAGGGUGCUGGCGGCCUGAACAGGAGGAAUGCUGCGUACGUGUGGUACCGGAGGUGCAGGGAUGCUCAGCCCGGGCCCUUUUGAACUCUGCUGAUAGGAGCUGUUUGUCAUCGCAUUCCAGCGCCUGCCCAGGGCCCUGCCCUUGUCCCUCUGAACCUCCUGCGUCUCGCCUGUUUAGCAACCCUUGUCUGCCCCCGAGCCCCGCUAGCCCAAGGGCCGGAGGUGCUAAGCUAGCCCAAAGCAGACAAACUGCGGGGAGGGGUUGUGGUAGGUGGAAACGUCAUGAAUUUAAACGCAAAGCGUUUGGGAAUGCUCAGUGACAUCAUAACAAAGCAGCUUCAGCAACAUGAGCUGUAAAAGUAGCGUUUAAGUGCAAUAUGGCCGGAGAACAGAGCCAGACAGCCCCAUGGUGUUCAGCUCCUGAAGCUGUAAAUACAGGAGCAUCGGCGAGCACCACAAACGUGUCUUAAAUUAAAGGGUGCUGCUUUAUAAACUGCAUCAUAAGAGAAGAAGCAAUAAACCAGUCAUGGCAAUUAAUGUCUUUAAGCUACAUGUGUGAUCAAAAAUAGCUAUUAGAUUCCCCAAUGGCUAUUCAGUGGUUGCACUGAUUAUUUUUCCUACUAUAACCCAGUAACAUGAAGGAAGCAGAGACUGUAGGGAGGAAGGGAAAAAAAAAAGGUGGUGGUGGGGGCAGUCUACUUGGUCAGAAUGAACAAUCCUUUUUGCAAAGGGCCAGAGAGUUGUGAGUUUAAGCACAGGGAUUCACAGUCCCUUGUCCGGUGACAGAAACCAAACAAUGUGACUACUGUAAAACAGGAUGGGAAAUGCAGCUCCCACGUUGCACCCAGCGUCGCCUGGGAGGGCUGGUCUCCUGCUGUGGCCUCUGUUCAGAGGAGGGGACUGAGAGGCCAGAGGAAAUAACUUGGGACUACAUUAAGGAGUUACUUGGUUAAAAUAUAGAUUGUAGCCAUAUGUUGUUUUGCUUCAACCUGCCCUCAGAGCCAGAUCUUCCCAAAGAAAUUAUCUAGUUUGAUUUUAGGCAAUUUGUGAUACAGCAGGAGAGGUUAAAAAGCACAGAUCAUCGAUAGUCACUAAAAUGUCUCUGGGAUCUGGUUGGGGGAGUUGGUCUCCUGUCAGGCUAGCACUUUUUCAGUGCACAGUUUUCCCCUCACUUCUUGUCCCAAAUAUCCUUGCACGGUGAUAGGAACCAUGAUUUCUUGUCAAAGAGGUAAUACAUCAGAAAUUAAUGGAAAAUUUCCUUCAACAGGGCUGGAAAAAUUUUUAGCCUCAACUAUUCUCCCAGGCAUUACUGUGCUUUCAACACCUUGAACAAAAGUACUUUACAUUUGGCUAGCAUCUAUCAUUGGUAUUAUCUGGCAGUAGUAUCCAAAGGCACCUUUUUUAAAUUUUUUUUCAGAAUGGAGGAGAUUGUAAUUUGGGCUAUAGAAAUACAGCCCAAAGUUUGCCCAAAAUUUCCUGAUGUCUAAGAUGAGUUGAGCACGAUGAUGUUUAUUAAGAGUUGGGAGCUAAGGUGGCUUGGACCACACUUCUUGCACUUCUCUGAAGGUCAGUUUGAAGUUUGAAUGAAUUGAAAGGCAGACUUCUGGGUGCAUUUUUCACGUGUUUCAGAAUUUAACUAGGUCUCAAAAUGUAUUUGGUUCAUUUGCUGACAGAUAAGCAUGAUGAGUAAAUACUAAUAUUUGACACUUUAUAUUGUUUCUUCUGUUGGUAAUAAUCAAAUUGCGCAAGAAUAGUGGCAAAGUGAAAUAAUGCUUCAUGGCCUUCCAGCAUGAGAAGGCUUUUCUGCUUACUUGGUCCUUUAGUGUCCCAGUGUGUUUAUUGUACAGAGACAGAUAUUGUUUGUCAAGACUCUAUAUUGCUCGCACAGUCCAAA